UGUGAAGGUGGGGCGUUUUGCGAUAUUCAGGAAAUUGACAUUUUUGCUAUUUUCUCAGAGUAGAGAUCUACGAGUGUACUUCGUAUUUUUUUCUUAGCGUGCUUACACUUCUAAGAACUCUUUGAAUGGUUCCCCAUUUAACAUAAUGAUGACGAGAAAACCCAACCAACCUCAACCCCCAAACAGAAGACGAAAGGUCAGUGCUUGUGCCAGUGGGCAAAUUGACUCACUGGACAUCAAUACCAUGACUGAUUCAGAGACGGUUCCUCCAUCACAAAAGAGACACCUGACCAUGAUGCAGCAUGGCGACAACCUCCUCAAGUUUCUAAACGAGGACCGAACGAAGCAGAGGUUCUGCGACGUCUCUGUCAGUGUGGGCGGGAAGCGCUACAGAGCCCACAAAGCCAUGUUGGCGCACGGUAGCAGCUACUUCCACGCCGAGCUGACCAAAAACCCAACCGCCGAUCACGUGAUUCUUGACCACGUGGAGGAUUCCGUGUUCCAACACUUACUGCACCUCCUUUACACGGCCGAGUGCGUCAUUCCCGAGAGCGAGGUCCCUGCCCUGACUGAAGCGGCCGGCUUCCUGGACAUGAUGGAUGUAGUGAAGCUCCUGGCAGGAGAGGGGGAUGGCCGGCCAGCGCUUGCCCGAGUGGAGGUUAAGUCCGUGGGGGAACCAAGCUCAGAGAAGACCUCUAAAGCUUCUGACCUUCCAUCAGACUGUGUCGGGGUCCAAAGCCCAGUCCAGGCUGGUGCCCACCAUUGUUCGUUCUGCAGCCGCACGUUUUGCUACAAGAAGUCUCUGGAGAACCAUUUAAACAGGAACCACAGUAGCAGCACCGAGGGAGACGCCAGAGAAAAGAUGGUCAAUCAAGAGGUUACUACCAUGGUAACCACAACCCGGAGGUCUGCCCGCAGGAGGAGAGUUCCCGCUAAAUUGGAGAGAGGUGACGCGGACAGCGCCGGCGCAACAGAGGGGAAGCUACAUCAAGACCCCGCUAGUAGAGACCCUAACACCACAGAGGAAGAUGACGAGGAAGAUGAAGAAGAACAAGAAGAUGGGAGAAAACCAAAGCACAUAUCCGACACAGGGGAUGCACUCACCCCAACCGAGGGUGAGGAGGCGGAAGAGGAGAGGGAGGAGGAGGAGAUGGUGGAAGAACGUCAAAGUGCGUUAGUACGGGGAGCAAGAGAGAGCGGUGAGAGUUCAGAGGUGGAGACAACAGAACACCAGACAGUCAAUGAGGUGGAGGUAUAUAGUCAGGCUGCCAAUGGUUCUAACUAUGGAACAGUGUACCCAGAGGGACUGGCUCCUGUCAUCAUCCAGAGCGUAAGCAAGAAGACGCUCAAGUGCCCCAAGUGUGACAAGACCUUUGACCGCACAGGGAAGUAUGAGAGUCACACCAGGGUACACACGGGAGAGAAGCCCUUCCAGUGUGACGUGUGUCUGCAGUGUUACUCCACCAAGUCGAACCUCACUGUACACAAGAAGAAGCACGCCAGUGACGCCCCCUUCCAGAAGAAGGACCACAAGUGCUCCUUCUGCAACAAGCUCCACGCCAGCAAAAAGACCCUCGCCAAACACGUCAGAAGGUUCCACCCGGACCACAUUCAGGAGUUCCUGGCCAUGAGGAGGAAGAAGAACGAUGGAUGGAAGUGUGAUAUCUGCCACAAGUCUUUCACACGUAGACCCCAUCUGGAGGAGCACAUGAUUCUACACACGCAAGACCGACCCUUCAAAUGUGCCUUCUGCGAUGACUACUUCAAGUCCAGGUUUGCCCGCUUGAAGCAUCAAGAAAAGUACCAUUUAGGUCCGUUCCCAUGUGACAUCUGUGGCCGCCAGUUCAACGACACGGGUAACAGGAAGAGACACAUUGAAUGUACACACGGGGGCAAGAGAAAAUGGACCUGCUUAAUCUGUGGGAAGUCAGUGAGGGAGAGGACAACGUUGAGAGAACAUUUGCGGAUUCACAGCGGAGAGAAACCUCACCUCUGCAGUAUCUGUGGACAGAGUUUCCGCCACGGCAGCUCUUAUAGGCUUCAUCUUCGAGUCCACCACGACGACAAGCGCUACGAGUGUGACGAAUGCGGAAAGACGUUCAUACGCCACGACCAUCUGACCAAACACCAGAAAAUACACUCGGGUACAGUAUACACACCUUCCGUGUUAUGUUCCGUAGCCGUGCAAAAGAGAGUAAAAUGUUCCCCUGGGUUAUUUCUUCAUAUAUGGUCCUGGAACUGUUUGUAUGUUUUUACGCUGCACACAAAUUGUCUUACGGGGAUAAUAAUUGAAUUGAAUCUCCCUUGGUUGUUAUCAGGGGAGAAAGCCCACCAGUGUGAGGAGUGUGGGAAGUGUUUCAGGCGCCAUGAUCACCUGACCGUCCAUUACAAAAGUGUCCACCUGGGAGAGAAGGUGUGGCAGAAGUAUAAAACAGCUGUGCAUCAGUGUGAGGUCUGUAAGAAGGAGUUCAAAGGGAAGUCCAGUCUGGAGAUGCACUUUAGAACACACUCAGGUGAAAAACCUUACCGAUGCCCCGUGUGCCAACAGACGUUCCGCAUUAAGAAGACCCUCACCAAGCACAUGGUGAUCCAUUCGGAUGCCCGCCCCUUUAACUGCCCGCACUGCAGCGCCACCUUUAAGAGGAAAGACAAGCUGAAGUACCAUAUGGACCAUGUACACGGUGCUAAGUCCACUGAGCAGCAGCACCACCAGCUGCAACACCGCCAGCAGCCUCUGGUGGUGCUAACAGAGGACAAGAUUGUGACUCUGCCUUAUAAUACCCACGGCCCCUCCAAAGUGUACCGGGCUGAACCCAAGACCGUUCUCCAGAACGUCCCCUCCGACGUGUGUGUGCCUGUCACGCUGGUGCCCGUCCAGAUGCCCAGGGUGGUCUCGGGGGUACAGGGUGACCUGAGGGGACACGUAACCUGCCCGCCCCAAGGUCAGGGGCAGCAGCAGACAGCUGGGGGGUACCAGACUGCCACGGAGCUGGCGUUCCUGGAGAAGUACACGCUUACCCCUCAGCCGGCCAACAUUGUUCACCCGGUGCAGCCUGACCAGAUGUUGGACCCCAGGGAUCAGUCGUACCUGGGCACCUUGCUGGGCCUGGACUCUGCCACCCCCGUCCAGAACAUCUCCAACUCGGACCACGUCACCCAUUGAUGAUGCCUCUCUAUACUUCCCGUUUGGCAACAUUUUAUUUAAAGGGUACCUACAUAAGGACGUUAUAACACAUUUAUGACCCAUACCGUACACAUUUAUAACCCAUAGAGUACACAUUUAUAACCCAUACAGUACACAUUUAUAACCCAUACGAAACUGUAUAAGUCCAUAGAGGUAACGCUUAUUUGAAGGGUGCGGUUGUUAACAUAAGCAUUCACAAAAUGCUCAUGCACUGCUUAUGCAUGGCUUAUGUAUAGUUUAUGAAUGGGUUAUGAAUCUGUUAUGAAUGGGUUAUGUAUGGGUUAUGAAGUAUUUAUGUAUCUAGCCUUAAAAUAAAAUGCGAUCGUCCUGCUCUUUUAACCUCUGCAGCUUAUUCAGGGGAGAACACUGAUAGAAACAGAUGGUGUCGAACAGAUCUAGUUGUCAGCCGUGUGGAACAGGGAAUCUCAUCAGCUCCAUUUGUGAUAUUUAUAUCUGCGAUCGUCCAAACCUUGCACCACCUUGAUUGAGCCCCAAGUCUUUCAUCAUAUUGGGUUCAAAGAGCACUUUUUAAAGUUUCUCUUGUCACACAAAAGCCUAAGAUCUCUGUCAUUCCAUAAAUGAGUGUGAGUGAGUGAUGUAUAUUGUGACAGGAGCCUGAUUGAUUACAAAAGGUAAUUCCAGAACAGGGUGUCUCAUUUCCAAAAAGCUGGCUGUUCUUACAGGUGUAUCUGGCUAUUUAUUCACAAUUUAAAAUUGAAUUAAAGUAUUAUACAACGCAUUUACCCCAUGCAAAUCAAGUUCCAUAAUAUUCCACGUGUUCCUUUCCAGUUACCACAGAAUUUUAGAGUAAUAACCAAUCAUAGUGUGGUCAGCCUGUUGCUCCGGGGUGGUGUUCCCCCUGUACAGAUCUAGGAUCAGAUUCCCCUCCCCCAAUAGUAACCAUAACCAAUUACACCAUCAGUAGGAGAAAUGCAAUGCGUCUAGGGGUGACGUCCCUACACCCGGCGGGUUCCUCAAAACUAGAAAGGUCUGUUUAAUCAGUGUAUCAUGAGGUCAACCACGUCUGAAUCAAUUUUAAAGUAUUCUGUAUAUCAUGUUGUUUCUUUCACAAUGGACAGGAGGGAACAGCCUGGGUAGUAUGUAUAAAACACCCUGAUCUAGGAUCAGGCCACCCCCCCUGUCCAUGUAAUCUUAUUCAUUAUGAUCUAAAAGGCAAAACUGAUUCUAAAUCAGCACUUCUACUCUGAGACGCUUGAUACUUAUGAUAGGUUUCUGUCCUUAUGGGGAUGUACUGUCCUUAUGUACUGUCCUUAUGGGGAUGUACUAUAUGUUGCCUUAUAGGGGAUCACCAUGUUCAUUAAUGUGCAUUAUAAACCGGGUGGUUCGAGCCCUGAAUGCUGAUUGGCUGAAAGCCAUGGUAUAUCACGGGUAUGACAAAACAUUUAUUUUUACUGGUCUAAUUGUGUUGGUUACCAGUUUAUAAUAGCAAUAAGGCACCUCAGGGAUAUGUGGUAUAUGGCCAAUAUACCACGGCUAAGGGCUGUAUCCAGGCACUCUGCGUUGGCCAUA